CCCACGCUAACGUCCUACUCGUUCAACGCGCCACCGGAGCCAGCGCUACUAGACGUGGCGGCGAUCGCAGUGGACCGCAUCCUGCUGCUGGACGCCUUCUUCUCAGUGGUCAUCUUCCACGGCUCCACCAUCGCCCAGUGGCGCAACGCUGGCUACCACAACCAACCCGAGCACCAGGCAUUCGCGCAGCUACUGGCAGCCCCGCAGAGCGAUGCAGCGGCCAUCAUGGCGGAGCGCUUCCCCACGCCACGCCUCGUGGACUGCGACCAGAACGGCAGCCAGGCCCGGUUCCUGCUGGCGAAGCUGAACCCGUCAGCGACAUACAACAGCGCGUCAACGGUGCCAGGAGGAGAGGUCAUUCUCACGGAUGACGUGUCUCUCCAGGUGUUCAUGGAGCACCUGCAACGCCUGGCCGUGCAGUCGUGA